CAAGGAUAUAAAUUAUAUCACUCCUAUGUACCACGACUAAUCAAACCUUCAACAGUUCAAAAUCAAAGAUGGCAAAGCUUGUAUUUUUAUUUGCAUUCCUUCUGGUCUAUGUUGCUGUCAACUGCGCUGCCGUCAGAAUCGAUAACUAUGAGGAAUCUGUUUAUAUAGCAUAUGAAAAUGACUUCAGGAAAGCAGACGACACGACUUUCAUUUCAAAAAAGAAUUUUCCUAUGAUGACGGUGAAAAACAAUUAUGAAGUCGACAGUCAAAGAAUUGGAAAGAAGAAAGGACAUUUGGUAGUCUUAUACUCACAAAAUGAACAUAAAACCAUAGUACCAGCUGUGCAAUUCUUAUUUACCGAUGAACAUUAUUUUAACAUCAUAAAGAGGACCAUGAUGCAGUCAACAAGAUGAUAGAGGAUAAAUUAUAGAACAAUAAAGA